AUGGGAAAAAAAAUCCUCCUUUUUAGCCCGUGGCCCCCCUUCCACCGCCAAAAAUCUGUAGCAACCAAGUCGCAACCCUCAGAUCCAACCAUCUUCGCUCGCCCCGUCUCUGCCCUUCGGUGGGUGAGGGUCCGCGCUGAAUCUUGUCGUGUCGCCCUCCCGACCAGGUUUGGGCCGACGCUUUGCCAUUUUGUCUCUUAUCUUGUGCCUAUCAGAGACGCCGUCUCCAGUUGUGGUUUCUGUCGGUUUCCUUCGUCGCUCGCCACGAAAUUUCGCAAGAAAAUCAGAACGACCAAGAUUAAUCUCCGGUGGCCGUUUACUCCGGGACGAGCUCAGGUAUUCUGCCGAUCGAUACAUGGAUUUUGCUUGCAACCGCCGGGGAUGCAUCGAUUACCGAAAAUCUUCUCCCAUAGCCUGAACCGCCGCAAGAGCAGUACCAGCUCGAGCCGCCAGGCCUCCAAACCUAGGAGUCUUGACCGAAGCUACGCCUUCAAGGACGUCGACUAUGAGCUGUCGCCUUCCGCAUCAGCCUUUGCAUCGCCGCACGCGCGUGAGGAAUCCGGCGGUCAGACGAGCUUCCGUAUCAACGGUACGGAGGGUGAGUUCGAGUUCAUCUGCCAGACGUAUGGAUUUUCCGGAAUUGACGAUUUUGCUAUAUCGCCGGAGGAGUUUGAUGCGAUGAAGGGGAGCCCGAUCUCUGCUCCAGUGAUGUUCGCUCAGAACUUCGAGCCUGCAUAUGGUAAAGUUGAUUUUGAUUGUGAUGCCGUUGGUGGUGGCGCUGAGGUGGUUGAUGUAAUUCACCGGGAAAUGGGGCCAGAGAUUGAUGCGUGUAUUCGAGUUUCAGAUCAUGAUUUUGCUUAUAUGGAUAGAAUUAGGGCUGGUGCGUUUGUCAGUGAUGUUAGCGAUCUACCGAAGGGGCUAAAGGAUGAUGCGAUGGUUAAUGGUGUUGUUUUAAAUAAUAAUGCAAAUUAUAGAUCAAGUGAGCCUAGAGGAAAUGCUAUUAAAGGUGUACAGCCCACAGUUUUAGUGCCACCACCUUUGUUGUGCUCUACUUGGGAUCCUUCUAGAGAAUUUGUACUGGAGAGUGAAGCACGUGUUUCGGGUUUUGACAGAGGAUUUUGUUCGGAUGAGGAUGGGGAGAAUGGUCCGGGUAGGAAUGAGCAGGACAAGGAAUUCAUAAUGACGGUGAUGAGUGGGGAGGAGAACUUUGUUUUGUCAGAGUCAUAUUCUUUUACCACAACUUCAAAUUAUGAUGAUUCCUCAAGUGCCAUAACAACACCAAUGUCAAGUUUAUCACCUAGUGGGAAAUUCAGGCGAGUUAUUGAGGAUUGGCAGAAGGGAGAGCUUUUGGGUCGUGGAUCAUUCGGAUCUGUUUAUGAAGGGAUUUCUGAAGACGGUUUCUUUUUUGCCAUCAAGGAAGUAUCAUUGCUUGAUCAAGGGGAUGAGGGAAAGCAGAGCAUUAUCCAACUUGAACAGGAAAUUGCUCUCCUAAGCCAGUUUGAACAUGAGAACAUUGUCCGAUAUUAUGGCACGAAGAAGGACGAAGCACAUCUCUAUAUUUUUCUUGAGCUAGUUACUAAAGGCUCCCUCUUGAGCCUAUACCAGAAAUACGAGCUCCGAGUUUCACAAGCCUCAGCGUAUACAAGGCAGAUUUUGCAUGGUUUGAAGUAUCUGCACAAUAGAAAUGUGGUCCACAGGGAUAUAAAAUGUGCAAAUAUAUUGGUGGAUACGAACGGUUUGGUGAAACUUGCAGAUUUUGGUCUUGCCAAGGCGGUUAAGUUGAACGAUGCAAAGUCUUGCAAGGGGACUGCAUUCUGGAUGGCCCCUGAGGUUGUUCGAAGCCAGGGGUAUGGCCUUGCAGCUGAUAUAUGGAGUCUUGGUUGUACGGUCUUGGAGAUGUUAACCAGACGGUUUCCUUACUUUGGUUUGGAAUGGAUGUCAGCGUUAUUUAAAAUAGGAAAGGGCGAGAGACCACCUAUUCCCGAUUUUAUUCCGAGUGAUGCAAGGGACUUUAUACUUAAAUGUCUACAAGUUGAUGCAGCUUUGCGGCCAACAGCUGCUCAGCUCUUGGACCAUCCCUUUGUGCAACGGCCGUUUUUUCCCUCUUCAGGCGCUGCCUCUCCUCACAAUUUUGGCCGGCAAAUUUGA